UCUCCUAUAAAUACGAAACCCCGCAAGCAGUCCAAAACCCUAGAAGUCGAAAGAGGAGAAGGAACCGCCGCAGCGAAGGAGGAGAAGGGCAUCGCUAACCGAUCGCCAUGGGUAUCGAUCUCGUCGCCGGAGGAAGGAGCAAGAAGGCGAGGCGCACGGCGCCCAAAUCCGACGAUGUUUACCUCAAGCUUCUCGUGAAGCUUUAUAGGUUUUUGGUUCGUAGGACGGGGAGCAAGUUUAAUGCGGUGAUUUUGAAAAGGCUCUUCAUGAGCAGGACCAAUAAGCCUCCGAUCUCCCUCAGGAGGCUCGUCAACUUCAUGAGUGGAAAGGAGGGUAAGAUCGCCGUGAUUGUGGGGACGGUGACCGAUGACAAGAGGGUUUACGAGGUGCCGGCGAUGAAGGUGACGGCUCUGAGGUUCACAGAGACGGCGAGGGCGAGGAUCGUCAAUGCCGGGGGAGAGUGCCUGACCUUUGACCAGCUCGCUCUUCAGGCCCCUCUUGGGCAGAACACGGUUCUUCUAAGGGGUCCAAAGAAUGCUAGGGAAGCUGUGAAGCACUUCGGCAAGGCUCCUGGUGUUCCACACAGCCACACUAAGCCAUAUGUGCGUGCGAAGGGGAGGAAAUUUGAGAAGGCCAGAGGAAAGAGAAACAGCAGGGGAUUUAGAGUUUGAGUUGGUUGGCUUUUUUUUUUUUUUCUAUAUUUCGUCAAUGGAUUAAGAACAACUGUUUUCAUUGUCUGUCAAGACUUGUUUCCAAUUUUGUUAGAAUGUUUCUUAUUCAGGAAAUGUCGAUGUAUGCUUGAUCCUUUGUGAUCAGGAAAGAUUGUUUAGACUUGGGGGUUAUGCGUGUGUUUCAUCUGUUAAAUGUGUUUGCUCUCUUCAAUGCCUCUUGCAUUAGAAGCCUGGUUUA